CUCUAGGACACUGCUGACGUGAGCAUGCAACUGUGAUGACCUGACACUUGUGCCGUCCUUAACAAACAAAGCAAAAGCCAAGUCCUGGAACGCCGUUGUCAUCAACAUGGCAGACUCCAGGGAUGUUACAGGUGGGCCUGGACCACCAGAGCAAUCCCAGAAUAGAUCAAAAGAGAAGAAGCGAAGACAUGGGCAUUCCAGUGGUUCCAGAGUUAACGUCAAAGACGGUGAAAGUGGGUAUUCGGAAAAUCGAGGAAAAACGGAGCGGGUGAAAUCAAAGGAGGCGGGGAGUGAGCCGAUUUCAAAGUGCGAGAAAGCGGUGGAUUCAGUCGGUAGUGGUGAGAAGAAAGGUCGGACUCGGAGGAAUCCUGAGGAGGAGGUGCCAAGGAAUGGGGCGGGUGACUGCACGAGUGGUGAUCAGGAUGUGGACAAUGCUCGCGACGAAACGACUCAGGAACGCGAGAGACUCGGUCGGGAAGCGGAGGCGGACCGACGCACGAAUAUAUCCGCGCAGGGAGAGAUUGAACAGCAGAACAGCGCGGAUCGUAAGGGUGGCAAUAAUCAGACGAAUACGGAACACAGGAAAAAUAAGUCUGAGCCGGACUCGGAAAAUAUUGGCAAAGAGCGUCCUGUAAGCGGACAGACUGCGGCGAGAAAUCAGAAAGAAAAGUUAGUCAAGGAACACACGAGGAGUUAUUCUGAUGGCGGGGCGGUGUUUGUGAGCCCGCGUCGUCAGCGCAGCGAUUCCAACGGACAGCAUAGCGAUCAGGGCAUUUAUGAUAAUGAGCAUGCCGAGGUUGUGUUAUCGCGAUCGCGGUCGCUGAAGUACGAUCGUCAGGGAAGCCGCGCCGAUUUUCCACCGCGGUUACUGGUGGUUUCGAGUAAGAUAAAGAACAUUAUGUCCCUACAGAAUGCCCUACUGCCUCAAGUGACGUUUUUGCAAUAUAAGUUCGAGACAUCGACUUUUGAUGGUUUGAUAGGUUUAAUAGGCCAAUUCCUGCUCAAUAAGAAGUUUCACAGUGUUGCCUUAGUUCUCCAUGGCCCGGUGGGCGUGAUACAGUUGUGUGGGAAAGAGGAAAAGCCGCUCAAUAAAGAUACCGUCCUUGACCACGCAGGUAUUCGUGGCUUCUUCUCCAAACUCUUCAGUCUCCAUGGCAACAAGGAGGCAGCGAACCUCCGCCUCGACUUCUUGGCAUGUAACGCCGCUCAGGGACAAGAUGGCGGACAGGGCAUCGUCAACGAGCUGGAGGCUCUGCUGGGGGUGUCGGUUGGUUUGUCUCGAGACAUUGUCGGAGCGGAGCUGGUCAAAGACCCGUCCUCAAAAAGUACGGUUGGGGAGCUCUACUUCCAUCUUGAGUGUCUCCGUGGAUGGAGUGGACAUUACCAGCAGUCGAUGGCCGGCUUUGAGAAGAUCAGAACCGUUGGGAAAGGGGCAUAUGGCGCGGCCGUCCUCUACCGGAAACGUGACGACGACUCCCUGGUCAUACUCAAAGAAAUCAACAUGCACGACUUGAAUGCAGCAGAGAGACAACUAGCUCUUAACGAGGUCAAAGUUCUCGCCGUCUUAGACCACCCGAACAUCAUCAGUUAUUACGAUAGUUUUGAAGAAGACGGCGUCCUGAUGAUUGAAAUGGAGUAUGCAAAUGGAGGGACGCUAGCUCAAUACCUCUCUCAUAGGGACGCUCCACUGGACGAGAAGGAAAUACUAGAAAUCUUCCAACAGAUGGUGGCAGCCAUUCGUCACAUUCACGAACAUAACAUACUACACAGGGAUAUGAAAACGGCCAACAUCUUCCUGACAAAAGAGGGCGUUGUUAAAGUCGGCGACUUUGGAAUCUCAAAGAUAAUGUCAACUGCUGAUAAAGGAGCGAAUACAGUGCUGGGAACGCCUUAUUAUAUAUCAGCCCCGAAAUGAAAAUGUCUACGGCUCCUCAACAAAGGAAGAUUUAUAAGUUCACUAUGGUGAAGGAUGUAGCGCUUCUAAAAGAGAUUGUAGCCAUCAACCCUUUCUCUGAACCGUCAAAGUGGAAAGAAGUGCUUCAGAACUUUAAUUUUUAUUUCACCGGGGAGGGACAAGAAAAAAAGGAUGCAACUGAAAGAGGCAUUGUCGAUCGAUUUGCUGUUCUCCUCACAAAAUUCAAGAAGGAUGAACUUACAUCUGUCAGAGUGAAACUGUCGAGGAGGAGGAAGCAGGUGAAAACUUACCUGAUAUUAGUCAUAAUCAGAGGCAGGCUGCAUCUGAAAGACCUCGUCCCCAAUCACGACCUCGCAUCCGACUUCAACUUCAUCGAAGUCGAAGAUCAAGAAGUGAUACCAGAAUUGAAGCACCAUUACAAG